AAGGCAAAUCUCAGCAGACAAUGGAGAUGAUGAUGUCAUACAACCGUUAUGAAAACUUGACCAGAAAGUGGAAUGAGUUGCAGACCAGUUACAGCAGCCUAACAAUUGAACAACACAAGUUACAGACCAGGCACAGUAUUCUGAAAAUGGAACGAGACCAGCUACAGAAAAGCUACAACAAUAUGGUGGAAGACAGAGGCCAGCUCCAAAAGAGACUUGAAGACAUGACCAAAAAUAGAGAUGAUCUUCAGAGAAAGUCUGUUGGUUGUCUGCGAGAAUGGAUGCACUUCAAUGGUAGUUUAUAUUACAUUUCUUCAAACAAGAAAUCCUGGCAAGAAAGUAGAAAUGAUUGUCUCCAGAGAGGUGCUGAUCUGGUGAUUAUCAACAGCAAAGAAGAACAGGAAUUCACAAGAAAUUUUCAAAAGCUGAUGUGGAUAGGAUUGACUGACAGUGAGAAAGAGGGGAUCUGGAAAUGGGUGGAUGGUUCUCUGCUUGUUACAAGGUUUUACUUUUUUCUUAUUAUGGCAAGAGCUGCCCAUAGAGAGCAACUAGAGAUUACUAUAGAUUAUGCAAAUCUGCCUGAUGUGUCAGCCAGAAGUCGCUCUAAUAAACACAGUCAAGGGGCUGCUGCUGCACCAGGGAGAAAACUAUUCAGACUGGUUGCUGUUAGCUUUGGACUCCUGUGUAUCCUCCAAGCUGCUGUCAACAUCUCCCUGCGUUUUGCUUUCUACAGUAAAACAUCAUGUAUUGAGACAGUGGAGACCGAAGAGCUGAAAAACCUCACUGAUCAAUAUUUUCAACAAGGAUGGGUCUAUUUCCGCCCAAGUUUCUAUUAUAUUUCUUCUAUUGCAAAAUCCUGGAAAGACAGUAGAGACGACUGUUUACAGAGAGGUGCAGACCUGGCAAUUAUUAACACCAAAGAAGAGCAGGACUUUACAAGAAACUUUAAAAAAAUCAUGUGGAUUGGACUAACUGAGACAGCCAUGAAAGGGACAUGGAAAUGGGUGGAUGGGACUCCACUGAGCGAAAGUUACUGGGGACCUGAUGAACCCAAUGGUUUUGAAGGAAAAAAUGAAGACUGUGUCGAAAUAAAUUUUUUUGAUUUCGAAAACAGCUGGAAUGACAUACCAUGUGAAAAUAAAAACUUCUGGAUCUGUGAAAAGAAACUGUCUUCUUAAGACGACUUUGACAGAACUCACCGAAGAUCUAAGAGUUGUAGAUUGAAGUGGAAGAUAGAAGUUAAGAAAGUCUCUCGGAUCCAUUUAUAAAACAACUGCAGAUUUCAAGAUAAUUGGUUCAAACAAAUGUGUAAAAGUACAAGUUAUUUCAAAGAGUAACCACUUUGCCAAGGUCUCAAAAAAGACCUACACUCUCACAUUUAAAUGUGACAAAAAUGCAAGGAGCUGAGAAAUCAGGAAGGGCGCAAAUUGUUUUUUUCAAAG